UCACUUUUGUCUCAACAAUCGCAAAGCCGAUUCCUUUCAAAGAGAGAGAGAGAGACAGAGAGAGAAUGGAGUUUCCAAUCAUUAACUUUGAGAAGCUUAAUGGUGAGGAGAGAGCUGCCACUAUGGCUAAGAUCAAAGAUGCUUGUGAGAAUUGGGGAUUCUUUGAGCUGUUGAACCAUGGAAUAGAACCUGAGUUAUUGGAUGAAGUAGAAAGAAAGACAAAGGGUCACUAUAAAAAAUGCAUGGAGCAGAGGUUCAAGGAAAUGGUGGCAAGCAAAGGCCUUGAGGGUGUCCAAACUGAGAUCAAGGACUUGGACUGGGAGAGCACCUUCUUCCUCCGCCACCUCCCUGAGUCAAACAUCGCUCAAGUCCCUGAUCUCGACGAUGAGUACAGGAAGGUGAUGAAGGAAUUUGCAGCAAAGUUGGAGAAACUGGCAGAGGAGCUUCUGGACCUGUUAUGUGAGAAUCUUGGUCUUGAGAAAGGUUACCUCAAGAAGGCCUUCUAUGGGUCAAGGGGACCAACCUUUGGAACCAAGGUCAGCAACUACCCACCAUGUCCCAAGCCAGAUCUCAUCAAGGGGCUCAGAGCCCACACAGACGCUGGUGGCAUUAUCUUGUUGUUUCAAGAUGAUAAGGUCAGUGGUCUUCAGCUUCUCAAAGAUGACCAGUGGAUUGAUGUGCCACCUAUGCGCCACUCCAUUGUUGUUAACAUUGGAGACCAGCUUGAGGUUAUUACCAAUGGCAAGUACAAGAGCGUUGAGCACAGAGUUGUGGCUCAGACAGAUGGUACAAGGAUGUCUCUAGCUUCCUUCUAUAAUCCUGGAAGUGAUGCAGUGAUCUACCCAGCUCCAGCUUUGGUGGAGAAAGAAGCAGAAGAGAAGAAGCAAGUUUACCCAAAAUUUGUUUUUGAAGACUACAUGAAGCUUUAUAUUGGGUUAAAAUUCGAAGCCAAGGAGCCAAGAUUUGAAGCCAUGAAAGCUGUGGAAAAUAAUGUCAAUUUGGGUCCAAUUGCAACAGUUUAAGUAAUUAAUUAUAGGUUGUUUUUAGAGGAAAUUAAAGAGAGGAUUGAGAGUAUUUUAUUUAUUAUAAUUAUUAUUAUUAUUAGGGUGAGUUAUUGAAAGAGAAAAAUAAAAUAAAAUGAAAGAAAAGAAUGGCAUGUGCUUGCUUGAUAUAGUCUAAGUCAUCAGUUUGUUCUCUGUAGAAAAUUAUAUAAUAAUAAGAUUUUUUUUUUUUCUAAGAAAAA